AUGCACUUCCGCAACGUCGUUCUCCUCAUCCCAGCUUUGGUAGCUGCUGCUCCAGUUGCAGAGCCAAAGGCUUUGGUUCCUGUCAGCCCGUGGACUCCAGCGCUCAACCUUCGCACUCUGGAUGAAGACGCUGCAAAGUAUGGUAAACGGGCCCUAGAUGAAGAUGCCGCCAAGUAUGGUAAACGCACUUUGGAUGAAGAUGCUGCCAAAUAUGGCAGACGUGAGUUGGAUGAGGACGCGGCCAAGUAUGGAAAGCGCACCUUGGACGAGGACGCCGCCAAAUACGGAAAGCGCACCUUGGACGAAGACGCCGCGAA